CCCUCCUCCGUGUCCCACCCGCUCGCUUCUUGCGCUUCUGCUCCCUCCCACCGGCACUUUCUUCUUCGAAACUUCUUCUGAGUCCAUUCUCAACAGAAUCAAAACAUGCAGAUCUUCGUCCUAGCGAGUUCGGCAAGACCAUCACCCUUGAGGUUGAAUCCUCCGACACCAUUGACAUGGUCAAGAGCAAGAUCCAGGACAAGGAGGGCAUCCCCCCUGAUCAGCAGCGCCUCAUCUUCGCGGGCAAGCAGCUCGAGGACGGCCGCACCCUUGCGGACUACAACAUCCAGAAGGAGUCUACUCUCCAUCUUGUGCUCCGUCUCCGUGGGGGUAUGCAGAUCUUCGUGAAGACUCUCACCGGCAAGACCAUCACUCUCGAGGUCGAGUCGUCCGACACCAUCGACAUGGUCAAGAGCAAGAUCCAGGACAAGGAGGGCAUCCCCCCUGAUCAGCAGCGUCUCAUCUUCGCGGGCAAGCAGCUCGAGGACGGCCGCACCCUUGCGGACUACAACAUCCAGAAGGAGUCUACUCUCCAUCUUGUGCUCCGUCUCCGUGGUGGAGCAAAGAAAUGUAAUCAUGAAGGUUGCACGUCGAAAGUUGCUCCUAUCAUCGGUGAUUGCAAGUACUGCCAACACAAGUUCUGUGGGAGCCACAGGUUACCUGAAACACACUGCUGUGCUGCUAUGGACACUUGUAAGGCUGCUGCUUUCGAGAAGAACGCGGCCAAGUUAGAGAACGAGAAAUGUGUAGCUCCUAAGUUAGUCAAGUGCUGUUGAGAACGGUGGAUUCCACCUGUAUGUUGUAACUAUAUGAAAAUAAAACGAAUGGAACGGGUUACCCGCUUUCCUGUGCGAA